GGGCAUGCUUCCGAAGCUGGUCAAGGCGCUUCGACUCUUAAGGUGCUCAUCGGCUUCGGGUUUCGCUUUGCGUGCCAUGACAUGUCGUCAAUUCUCUAUUGUGUACGGCACCUCCGUCGCGAACGCGGCGCAGCUCAACACGUCAACAUACACGCAGGACCCCGGCCCGCGCAGCUCUUGGCCAUCUUGUGCCGUCAUGGACAGCAUCUUCAUACCAGGCUUCAUCAUCUGCUCUCGACUCGAGCUGGCCCGCUUCUGCCCCGUGCGAAAGACAAACAAAAUAAACUGAUCCCUGUGCCAGCACGGAUUUCACGGGUUCUCCACGAGGUCCCUGGCAGACAUGGACCAGGCAAGCAGCAC